CUACUGAAAAUCGUAGUGCGCUUUUAAAAGACAACAGUGACGGACCAAUUGUAGCCUCAAGUUCGGAGGAUAUGCACGCACACCUAUGGAGGACCUUUGAUUGAUAUCCACGUCGAUCUUGGCAUAUCCGUUAUCCAUUCUCCGUGUUUGUAUUUGCAAGGGAGAACAAGAAGGAAGAGUCCGUUAUAUUUAUAACUAAUCUAUUACAUUUGGAGAACGUCUUGGAGGUAGCUAGUGCAUAAUUUCGAAUACCCGUUCUAGUUAGGAGAAGUAACUGCAAAGAUGCGACUUCCACUUACAUUCAUUCUGAUUUGCGAGCUUUGUUGGGGUUUUAAAAGGGACAUGGUCAUUCAGUUCCAGCGGUCGGGAGUGGUCGGUGAGGUCGAGCAGGUAUUGAUCAACGGAGCCGCUCUCUUCAGCUGCGAGAAAGACGUCAACGGCAUUCUCCGUGCUGUAUUGUUGGGCAACUACAGCGAGUCUUUUCAACAGGCGUUUGAGAUAGAAGAAAAUGUCAACAACACCAUGACAAAAAAUCAUACUUACCAGUACCUGCGUGUGCAUGAAAGCAAACUGGACAGAUUUCGAGUAGUGCAUUUGACUGACCGGCUCCUGGUUGACGGGAAUUACUUCCUGACUCUGGACCGAAACACAGACACCUGGACAGCUAAAGUACCACAGGCCCUCGCGCUCAAACAGCUUUGGGACCAGGACACUGAGGGCAUGAGGCUGGAGAGGAUUCAACUCCAUGAGAGCUGUGCCAAACUGAUGAAGGAGCUCAAACAUUCUGAGCCCACCACCACUGGAGGGAUGUCCAUGCUGGCUGCCCUUGCUUCUUUGCUAGCAGGCCUGGCCUUUGUUGCCCUGGUUACCACAAGCUUCCUCAUCUUUAAACAACAAGAUCCCAACGUUUCAGGACACCCUGGAAGUGUGCUUGGCUCCAUCGUCCACUAUCCUCAGAACGUCACAGAAACACCUCGUCCAGGAAAAGGCUAUCAGUCUUUUUUCUAGCCCUCCCGGCUCCGACCUGUUCUGCCUGCCCUGACACUGAGCCCGCCCGCCUGACCAUUCAGCCUGCCCUGACUUCGAGCCCGCCUGCCCCCCUGUACCUUUCGGACUCUGACCUGGUUAAUGCACUUCUGCCUGUCCUCGACCUGCCUAUUGCCUGCCCACUGUAUUCUAAUAAAUAUCAGAGGCUCGAACCAUCUGCCUCCUGUGUCUGCAUCUGGGUCUCGCCCUCUGUCGUUAUAGGUCUGGUGACCAAAAUACCUUGGUUGCGUUCGCAUUUCCUACCUUUCGACUCAAAAUGUAUGUUCACUCCUCCUUGAUAUGGUGGAAACUGCAAAUACACAUUUUGGGGUAUGGGCAUUGUAAUUCAACAAUAUGUUCCCUGGUCCGUCCAACUCUCUGGUCCCCGUUUCUCCCUGGGCAUUCUACCAAAUAGGGCUAUCUUCUGUAUACCACCCCUUCCUUGUCACAACACAACUGAUUGGCUGAAACACAUUAAGAAUGAAAGU